CGGAGUAUGCACUAUGGAAUUGAGGUAAGGGUAAUUCGCGGCUUUAAGUACGAAGGUAGUGCUAGUGGUAAAGUUUAUGUGUAUGAUGGAUUGUAUAGAAUUGUUGAAUGUUGGUUUGAUGUUGGGAAGUCUGGAUUUGGAGUGUAUAAGUACAAGCUUGUUAGGAUUGAGAAUCAGGAAGAGUUGGGAAGUGCCAUUCUUAGGUUUGCGCAGAAUCUUAGGAUUAGACCUUUGGUGGCAAGGCCUACGGGGUAUGUUAGUCUAGAUAUAUCGAGGAAAAAAGAAAACGUGCCAGUAUUUCUUUUCAAUGAUAUCGAUGAUAAUCAUGAUCCUGCUUACUUUGAUUAUCUGUUGAAGACUGUUUUUCCUCCGUACGUGUACCAGAAUGUGGGCAGUGGAAAUGGCUGUGAGUGCGUUAAUGGGUGUGUGGAUAAUUGUUUUUGUGCUAUGAGAAAUGGUGGCCAAUUUGCCUAUGAUUAUAAUGGGAUAUUGGUGAGAGGCAAACCGUUAGUGUUUGAAUGUGGACCACAUUGUCAGUGUCCUCCAACUUGCCGGAAUCGAGUGAGUCAAAAGGGUUUGAGGCACAGAUUUGAAGUGUUUCGGUCUAGAGAGACUGGUUGGGGAGUUAGGUCAUUGGACUUGAUCCAAGCUGGGUCCUUCAUCUGUGAAUUUACUGGGGUCGUACUCACACGAGAGCAAGCCCAAAUUUUUACAAUGAAUGGUGAUAGUUUAGUCUAUCCAAAUCGCUUUCCUGAGAGGUGGGCAGAAUGGGGAGAUUUGUCCCAAAUAUAUCCUGACUAUGUGCGGCCAGCAUACCCCUCCAUUCCUCCUCUGGAUUUCGCGAUGGAUGUGUCUAGAAUGAGGAACGUAGCAUGUUAUAUGAGUCACAGUUCAAGCCCCAACGUGUUGGUGCAGCCCGUGCUUUAUGAUCACAACAAUGUAUCUUUCCCCCACCUGAUGCUCUUUGCAAUGGAGAAUAUCCCUCCUCUUAGGGAGAUCAGUCUUGAUUAUGGGGUAGCAGAUGAAUGGACAGGGAAGCUUGCCAUUUGUAAUUGACUAACUUGUAGGAGUUGAUGCAAUUUUGAACAUGAUGCAGCAGAACCAUUUCUGGUACAUCAUUUGCUGAGAUGAAGGGCGAGUAUUGGCUAACUGUUAUCCUGUUUCCUUUUCAUUAUAAUCCUGCUGUCUUGAUGACACAGUCUAGACUACAUCAUCAGGUUCCUGAAACAAGUUGCUCCUGUUGCUGUUCUUUCAUCAGUUUGUCGAUCCUAUAUUGUAGAUAGCAUGGUGUUCAAUGACUAGCUAGAAGAAUGAAGAAAGCGAUAUUGCAUUUUUUCACUAUCCGCCUUUGGAAGGAACCCUUUUAACCGAUCAUCUCCUUGAUAGAGCUGGUCUGCUACUGAUGUUCUUGAUCGUUAGAACUUUAAUAGGUUGUAGUAAUAGCUUGUAUAUAUGAAGAUCAAACUGCUUAUUCUGUACAGAAGAUUGUAUCUAUAUCGUGCUAAUGGAUAUCCAGAGUGCAGUUCAAAUGCUUUUGCCUGUUCUCUUUCUAGUUAAAGAUGGAAGCACCUAUUAUGCGGUCCAA